CGGAAGCCAUGUGACAAAUAAGUUUUAUUUGGAAAAAGAUUUUCAGUGUUUUUUGCCGAUAUUUGUAUGAAUGAUAUAAAUAUCUAUUCAUUAAAACAUUGACUUUAGUUAAUAAAUAAAUUUUCUAUGUUUUUAUGCAUUUAUAUGAUAUAUCAUUGAAAAGUUAAUUAUUUGUUACCGGUAAUCUUACGUUUCAACAACGUAAUAUUGAAUCAUUUUUCGUAUUUUUAUAUUUAAUAGAAAUAAUAUAAUCAAUGUUUAUGAAAAAUACAAUAAUACAAAGCUUGUCUUACAAUACUACAUUGUAAAAACAUCUAAAAAUAUCAACUGUUUGCUUCAAUCAUGUUGCGAAGACUUUGUAAGCUUUGUCAGAUUGUAGAAACACCAGCAAUUAAAAGUUUACGGAUUUUUUCUACUGCAACAGUACGGAGGUUAGAAGAAGAGGCGAUUGAAAAAGAUGUUUUCGCUGAUGACUUUCUAUCUCAUACAUCAAAAGAACCUGAAGUUGUUGUUAAAUCCAAACGAAAACCAAUAAUACACUGUAGAGAUCCUAAAUUGCAUCAUUAUUAUGGUACAACAUAUCCAAAGUUUCAAGAAAUACCUAUUGCAUCCAAAAACUGGAUGAGCAGAAAAUCCAAAGGAGAUUAUUUUACUGUAUAUCCUACACCAGUGAAAGAUGAUUCAACUGACAAUUAUGAUUUGGAAAAUACAUAUUUCUCUGACAUCAAACUUGAUUCUAGAUUAGUAGCAAAUUUGAAGAAAUGGGGAUAUGAACAUCCUACAAAAAUACAAUUGGAUGCAAUUCCACAAUUGUUAAGUGGACAGAAUGUUAUUAUCACAGCGGAAACAGGAUGUGGAAAAACAUUUGCUUAUUUGAUUCCUAUUGUACAGCAAAUUUUAAAAUGGAAAAAGAUAGGCCAAGAGAGAAAUUUAAAUACCCCUUAUGCUGUAAUUAUUGCAGCCAGUCGAGAGUUAACAGCACAAAUUGGAAUGGAAACAAAAAAGUUAACAAAAGAUUUAGACAUUGAUGUGCAGACAAUUGUUGGUGGUAGAACCACUAAAAUAAAAAGGAACCCUCCUAUACGAAAUGUAGAUAUUUUGAUUGGUACAGUAGGUGUUUUAUGUAAAAUGACAACAUGGAAAAUUUACAAACUAGAUCAUGUUUAUCAUACUGUUUUGGAUGAAGCCCACGCUUUAUUUGACGAAAUGUAUGAUGAUAAAUUAUUAUCGUUUCUGAAGAAGAUAAAAUUUGGAUUCCGACAACCUGGAACCUCGAUUCCAACGAGCAGUCAAUUAAUAUUAGCUUCAGCUACAAUGCCCGAAACCAUGCCAGAUUACCUUGAAGAAGUUGUUGAUGUGAAUUCCAUCAUUAAUCUUUCAACCCCUAAUACACAUCGAGUGUUGGUUCCACAAAAAUUUUGGAGACUUGGAGCAUUACAAAAACCAUAUGAACUUUUAAAAUUGGUAAAAUCAAGAGCAUUACAGAAAGCGCCUACACUUAUUUUCUGUAGAAAUGCUGCAACUUCUGACUGGAUUGCAAUAUUUUUAAAUUCAAUGAAUGUCAAAGCGAUUGCACUUAACGGGCAAAUGCCUGCUGUCAUCAGAAAGGAUAGAUAUGGACAGUUCAAAAGAGGUGAGGUUCAUAUUUUAUCAACCACGGAUUCAGCUGCACGAGGAUUAGAUACAACGAUGGUUGAUCUGGUUAUCAAUUAUGAUUUUCCUGCAAGUACUGCUGAUUACGUUCACAGAUGUGGUAGAACUGGUAGACUUGGCGGAGUGCAAAAUGGAAGAAUAAUAAAUUUUAUUUCAAGAAAAUAUGAAAUCGAGUUGACUCAGAAAAUUGAACGAAUUGCAAGAAGAGGAAGAGCUAUUCCAAUGUUUAAUAUAAUUGAAGCAAAGGAAAAUAUUUCUGUAGACCAAGAACUUAAGAUGCUUUUAGAGAGGUCGUAAUUGGCUGUAAAAAAUAGAUAAUAAACUAAUAAAAAUAAACAGUUAAUUUUU